UCUUUAUUUUGAACAGAAAAGUCUCCACUUCAAUGGGAGCUUCGGCUUCCCCAAACCCCACCCAAUCCCACUCUCACCUGUUGAGACUUGAAGACGCUUCUCAGUUUGUGUCUCUAUUAUGUCAAGUCAAGACUAUUGCCCGUUCAAAUUGGGCAGCUUAAUCGUCUCUCCAGCGACAGCCAUCCAUCAAGCAUUUAGUACUUUUUACAGCUUUUUUAAAUUUAUACUCUCUCUGGUUUCUCAAAUCUCCAUUAACUUCAGCUUUAGGAAUCUGCCCGUGAUUUUCAUCGGGCAGGUGCGAAUCUGUUCUUGGCUUUUACUGUUUCGCACAAACACAAAAAAGGUAGGAGACGAUGGACCAAAGAUCAGUAUAAAUCUGACUAGAUACAAAUGAAGAGCAUCAGUGAAUUUCUGACGUUUUAUCUCUCAAAUUUCACGAUGGAUGAUGCCUAGUAGAUAAAAAGGCCGCCGUCUUCUCCACUUCUUUGAUCUCGAGUUCGUUGUUUCGUUCUUCUGAGAUCUAGAUUUAUAUUGAAAAUGUGGAGACUAGCAGCGUCAAAUCUACGCCAGACGCGGCGGUUCUCGGCAGUGAUUCCGGAUCCUUGUAUCGUCCACAAGCGCGGGACCGAUAUUCUUCAUGAUCCCUGGUUUAAUAAGGAUACUGGUUUCUCUUUGACAGAAAGAGAUAGACUUGGGCUCCGUGGUCUCCUUCCACCUCGUGUCAUAUCUUUUGAGCAGCAAUAUGAACGUUUCAUGGAGUCGUAUAGAUCACUGGAGAAAAAUACCUGUGGUCAACCAGCAGACAGUGUAUCUUUGGCUAAAUGGAGGAUCCUGAACAGACUGCAUGAUAGGAAUGAGACACUAUACUAUAGAGUUCUUAUUGAUAAUAUUGAACAUUUUGCUCCGGUCAUAUACACUCCAACAGUGGGAUUGGUUUGCCAAAGUUAUUCAGGUUUGUUUAGACGUCCACGCGGGAUGUAUUUCAGUGCUAAAGAUAAAGGAGAGAUGAUGUCCAUGAUUUAUAAUUGGCCAGCCGAACAGGUGGAUAUGAUAGUACUGACAGAUGGCAGCCGUAUUCUUGGCCUGGGAGAUCUUGGAGUUCAGGGAAUUGGAAUAACUGUCGGGAAACUUGAUAUUUAUGUUGCUGUUGCUGGCAUCAACCCACGGAGAAUACUUCCAGUUAUGCUUGAUGUUGGAACCAACAAUGAGAAGCUUCUUCAAGAUGAACUUUAUCUAGGAUUACGACAACCAAGGUUGGAAGGGGAAGAAUAUUUAGCUAUUGUCGAUGAAUUCAUGGAAGCAGUUCACAGACGUUGGCCCAAGGCUAUUGUACAGUUUGAAGAUUUUCAAAUGAAGUGGGCUUUUGAAACUCUGCAACGAUAUCGCCAUAGAUUCUGCAUGUUCAAUGAUGACAUACAGGGAACUGCUGGUGUUGCACUGGCGGGACUACUAGGCGCUGUUAGAGCACAGGGUCGACCACUGAAUGAUUUUGUGAAACAAAAAAUAGUUGUAGUGGGAGCUGGAAGUGCAGGAAUAGGUGUUCUGAAUGUGGCCAAGCAGGCUGUUUCAAGAAUGAUGGGAAACAGUGAGAUGGAAAACUCUCAGUUCUGGCUACUAGAUAAAGAUGGCCUUUUGACAAAAGAGAGAGAAAAUAUUGAUCCCGCAGCUGCACCUUUUGCCAGAGGUUUUGGUCCUGGUGAGAUUGAAGGACUAAGGGAGGGGGCUAGUCUUCUUGAAGUGGUCAAAAAGGUCAAGCCCCAUGUGCUUCUAGGUCUGUCUGGGGUUGGUGGUGUCUUCAGUGAGGAGGUGCUAAAAGCUAUGCAAAGGUCGGAUUCCCCCAGGCCCGCAAUAUUUGCAAUGUCAAACCCUACAGCGAAGGCUGAAUGCACACCUACUGAAGCAUUCAAGUAUGCUGGAGAAAACAUAAUUUUUGCUAGUGGGAGCCCUUUUGAAAGUGUUGAUCUUGGGAAUGGAAAGAUAGGCCAUGUUAAUCAGGCAAAUAACAUGUAUUUGUUUCCAGGUGUUGGUCUGGGAGCUCUUCUUUCUGGUGCUCAAUUUAUUUCGGAUGGGAUGCUGCAGGUAGCUGCUGAAUGCCUUGCGUCAUAUAUCACAGAUGAAGAAAUCCAGAAAGGCAUCCUAUACCCUUCAAUUUCAAGUAUUAGGCAUAUUACAGCAGAGGUUGGAGCGGCUGUUAUCCGAGCAGCAGUUGCUGAAGAACUCGCUGAAGGGCAUGGUGAUGUGGGUCCCAAGGAGCUCAUGCACAUGUCAAAGGAGAAGACUGUUGAAUAUGUCUCAGAAAAUAUGUGGUUCCCUGUCUACAGCCCUCUUGUUCAUGAAAAAUGAGUCUCCUAUUUCUUUAAUUCCUCUACAGACUAGUUUCAGGCACCUAAUAUCUUGAUAGUUUUUUCUUUGGAAUGAUCUUCUUGAUGGCCAUUUGCCCAAACUCA